AUGCCAGCAGUCACUCAAAGGCUAACAGAAAAAAAGAAUAUUUUACCUGAAGACAUUUUCAGUUAUAACAAUGAUCUUUUUUAUGAAUGUAUUAAACAAGCAUAUGGUAAUGAUAUUGCUGAAUUAUUCAGCUUUCAAGCUAUCAGGAAUGCAGGACUUCUUCUCGAUACAUCAUGUGAAGAUAUUCUAUUGGUUUUACAACAAGAAUCUGAUGACAUUGAUGCUUUAAAGAAAAUGUGUUGUUUCGAAGUUGCUGGUAAUAAGUAUCAAGUUAAACUAGGUGUCAAACUUACCAUUAACAAUUUAAUUCAAUCGUUAAAGUUAAAACAAGAACAAAAACAAAUUAAAAAAAGAAAGAGAUAUUCUAAUCAAGGUUUAGCUUCGAAUACGAAUAGCGUGACACCACUCAAUCAAGCACAAACACAAGAUACAUUAACUCCAUUAGAAUCAACAUUAUCUUCUUCAUUGACAACGAAUAUAUCGUUUAUUCAAUCAACAUCAACACCAAUGCAACGAAAAUUAGAUGAACUUGGUCAUACAGCUGAUAUUGAAGAGCGAAUAGAUCGACGAUGGGUUAUUCAUAAUGAUGCUGAACGUGCUUGUUUAGAACAAGGUAUUGAUUACUUUUUGGCAAUCAACAAAUCAUCAAUUAAUACAUAUACUUGUGUUUUAUCAUGUAAAUGCCAUGCUCGUUUUAAAUUACCAGUUAUGGCACCAGGAUUUCUCAGAAUGUCAUCAUUCUAUCGACAUUUAAAGGAAAAAUAG